ACGGACGUGCCUUCAGCCCGGCCCCCCCGGCCCCCCACCCACCCGCCCACGCCCCCCAGGGUGCGUGCGGAAUGCCACCGUCGCCAUGGGAUUCAUGGAAUUUUACCUGGAGAUCGACCCUGUGACUCUGAACCUGAUCAUCCUGGUCGCCAGCUACGUUAUCCUGCUCCUCGUCUUCCUCAUCUCCUGCAUCCUGUACGACUGCCGGGGCAAGGACCCGAGCAAGGAGUACGCCCCCGACCCGGCGCCCGCGCCCCAGCCCUCGCCCAUCCGCCUGGUGGUGAUGCAGAGCUCGCCGGCGCCGCCCCGCUGGGAGCAGGCCAAGAUGGCGGCCGCCUACGAGCCCCCGGGCGCCAGCCCGCCGGAGAGGAAGAGCACGCUGGUCUGAGCGGCGGGGAGCGGGGGAGGGGCGUCGGCUUUCUCUCAGGAGCACGCGUCACUGCAACGUCUCAGCGUUCCCUUCCUUCCUCUUUUCUCACUUCGUUCGUUCUUUCUUUUUUAUUGUUUUCACGGUCGAUUUCUGGUCAGACGAGACUCUCCGCCUCUGUUUGGACAAUGCUGAACUUUGACCUGAGGAGGACGAGGCUGAAGAGUCCCUGCAGGAGUCCGGCUCCUCUCUCUGUGGAGGCAGCAGAUUGCUCACAGCUGCUGCUCGUGCCCGAGAGGAUAUCCCGCCGCUGUCGCCGUUUCUCACCGCGGCGUUCCCAUGGCGCUCCCACGGCGUUCCCAUGGCGUUCCCACGGCGCUCCGCAGCGCUCCCAACGUUCCCGGCGCUUCCCUCACUAACACCGGCGCGCGAACAAGCCCCAGGCUGCCCAACACAGCUGCACUGAACACGUGACACAAAGACUGAGAACGUAAACGCUUCACCUAAAGCCACCUGAUUUCCCUGUUCGGCUGUGGUGGUGAUUAAACAAACGCCCGCCUUGUCCUGGACCGGAGACGUGCGUGUUAUGUAAGCACGCAUGCAAAAUAUCUGAAUGCAAACAUUACACACAACCAAAGACACUGUAUGUUGGUUUUGAGUGCUUUCAAAUUAAUUUCCUCUGUCUGUGCACCAUUCAUUAUCUGGAAUGCUCAGCAGAUUCAUAAUGCGCUCUGUUCCUCAUUCCGUGUUUUCUAAUACUAGUAAAUACAACAGUGCCGUUC